UAGAAAUCACAGGCACCGCGGUAACCACGCCUCCGCAGGUGGCGUCACUGGGUAUAUAAGCAGCGGGCACAUCGUCGUGGACGCGCAGAAGGUUCGGGACUUGAGAUUUGACAGCUGUGGUCCCUGGACGUAAAGCAACCAACACCGGAGACAUGAGGGAAAUAGUGCACCUGCAGGCGGGACAGUGCGGCAACCAGAUCGGGGCCAAGUUCUGGGAAGUCAUCAGUGAUGAACAUGGCAUCGACCCCACAGGAACCUACCAUGGAGACAGCGACCUACAGCUGGAGAGGAUUAAUGUCUAUUACAAUGAGGCCUCAGGUGGGAAGUACGUCCCCAGGGCCAUCCUCGUAGACCUGGAACCCGGCACCAUGGACUCCGUACGAUCCGGACCCUUUGGACAGAUCUUCAGGCCAGACAACUUUGUCUUUGGUCAGAGUGGUGCUGGUAACAACUGGGCCAAGGGUCACUACACAGAGGGAGCAGAGCUGGUGGACUCUGUCAUGGACGUGGUGAGGAAGGAGUCCGAGAGCUGCGACUGUCUUCAAGGAUUCCAGCUAACUCACUCCCUGGGCGGUGGUACUGGCUCCGGCAUGGGAACCCUUCUCAUCAGCAAGAUCAGAGAAGAGUAUCCAGACCGUAUCAUGAACACCUUCAGUGUGGUGCCCUCCCCUAAAGUCUCAGAUACCGUUGUGGAACCCUACAACGCUACACUCUCCGUGCACCAACUGGUCGAAAACACAGAUGAAACCUACUGCAUAGACAAUGAGGCUUUGUACGACAUCUGCUUCCGCACACUCAAGCUCACCACCCCCACAUACGGUGACCUCAAUCAUCUGGUCAGCGCCACCAUGAGCGGCGUAACAACCUGCCUGCGCUUCCCCGGCCAGUUGAAUGCCGAUCUCCGUAAACUGGCCGUCAACAUGGUCCCCUUCCCACGUCUUCACUUCUUCAUGCCAGGGUUCGCUCCAUUGACCAGCCGUGGAAGCCAACAGUACCGUUCCCUGACAGUACCAGAGCUCACGCAGCAGAUGUUCGACUCCAAAAACAUGAUGGCCGCCUGCGACCCGAGACACGGACGUUACUUGACAGUGGCAGCAGUGUUCAGAGGCCGCAUGUCCAUGAAGGAAGUAGACGAGCAGAUGUUGAAUGUCCAGAACAAGAACAGCAGUUACUUUGUGGAAUGGAUCCCCAACAAUGUCAAGACCGCCGUGUGCGACAUCCCACCCCGAGGCCUGAAGAUGGCGGCCACCUUCAUUGGCAACAGCACAGCCAUCCAGGAGCUGUUCAAACGCAUCUCCGAGCAGUUCACUGCCAUGUUCCGGCGCAAGGCUUUCCUUCACUGGUACACAGGAGAAGGCAUGGACGAGAUGGAGUUCACCGAGGCCGAGAGCAACAUGAACGACUUGGUGUCCGAAUACCAGCAGUACCAGGACGCCACAGCGGAAGAGGGAGAGUUCGAAGAGGAGGCCGAGGAAGAGGUUGCCUAAGUCCACACACUUCACCUACCCAUAAAUCUGCCAACCCUCCUCCCGUCAUGUCAUCCUACAUCCUAUCACCAGAUAGCAAGACAACAGCACACCCAAUAAUCUAUGAAAAAACAGCCGAGCCUCUGAAUAGGUGAACUCUCUACCCUCACAUUGGAAAGUGCACUAUAUAAUGAAUCCGCUUGCAGUACACUGGUAUCUCUUGGUGUCCAUUUUUUUUCUUAACGUGUUGUGGCUGAGCCGGCCUUGGUGCCAACCUCAGUCUAUUGUGAAGACUUGGUAUUGUGGUCUAGCAUGUGAAGUUUACAGAUCUGUCUGCAUGAGCUGGAGAGACUCUCGUUCUCGAAUUAUCAUGGAUUGUGGAAUGGUUCUCGUUUGGUUUAAGAAAGUAAUUUGUGAUCGUCCUAGAACUGUCCCCUUCUGAACUGUGCCCAUAGUAGCCGUGCCACGUGCACAAUGUUGGCCGGAAGCUUUCCUCCUGGAUGCCCCUAUCCCCUGGUGAAUAGGAAACAGUAGUUUCAGUAUUAGAGGGGGACAGGGGGCUAGAACAACUUGUUUUUUUCCCCCUCCGACUACUUGCACUGCCGUACCUGUUCUGAGGCUCCGCUGCCCACUCUUCUUACUGCUCAGAAAGUGGCCCAUCUGCCUCUUCUGGUCAGACAGCACCCCUUCUGCCCCCUCAUCUUAAUGCCACGCUGCGUCACCUCGGCUUCUGUGCAUGACGAGUCUGUCCACAUCUUUGGCCUACGCCUCUUAACUCCUUCCCCACCGAUAAGGUUAGACCAUUAAUGGCGCUCCCCGAUGAGGAAGGAGUAAUACUGCCCCCUGUUGGCCCAUAAAUAAUUAAUCUAUGAAGGAUCCAUUCCUUGCGCUUAUGAGGAUCACAGAUCCUGCGUGUGCAGAUUACUCUUCCAAUCCCGCCCCUGCCCUUUUGUCUUCUGCUGCAUUUUCUUUUUGUCUGUAUGGUUUAAGUGAGUACAUACAUGUGAUUGUGAACCUGUCGCCCGUUUCAUUGGACCUGUCGCGCAGGAUGACUGCACUUAUCCCAGCCAUGCUAUGAAGUCUGCACACUACUGAAUAAAAGCCUGUGCGAAAACUA